AUUAUCGACUCAUUUCCGUUAAUCAUUUCCUUCAAAGAAGCCUGCUUUUGGCUGAGAAGCAAACAAUGGCUCCUCUAAUCACCUCCCAAGCAGUCCGAAACCCUCUCCUCCUCACACCGCCAAACCUCAAACCGACCUUCUAUUCCCCUCGCUGCCACCUUUUGUCUUUCCAUAACCCCUCAAAACCCCUAUCUCCCCGCCUCACCGCCAAGCGUAACCUAGCCACCCUUGUUCUCGCUUCGGCUUCCCCUGCUUUUCCCGCUCUGCACCCACGAACCCCUCAAAUCCCGACUCAGUCACAGUCUCCGCUCACCCAAACUCUCACCACCAUUGCAGCCAUAGCCUUAUGCUUCUCCACCCUUUUCAGCAAGCUCGUCGAAAACCUUGCUCCCCAAAUCACCCAACAAGUCGUUCUGCAGAGAAACUUGGUUAGCACUGUUGGACCGCUAUUCUUCGCCGCUCUAAAAGACCGGCCCACUGGGUACCUGAAUACGCCGCUGACGGUGGUGGCCGCGGGAUUGGGCAAGUGGCUCGACAUCUACAGUGGGGUUUUGAUGGUUAGGGUUUUGCUCAGUUGGUUCCCCAAUAUUCCCUGGGACCGCCAGCCCUUGUCCGCAAUUCGGGACCUCUGCGAUCCCUAUUUGAACCUCUUCCGGAAUAUAAUCCCACCGAUAUUCGACACGUUGGAUGUUAGCCCGCUUUUGGCCUUCGCGGUGUUGGGCACUCUUGGUUCUAUUCUUAAUAGCAGCAGGGGCGUGUAUUGAAGAAGAGAGGAUUGCUGGGUUUCCUCUGUUCUUCAUGGUUAUAUCCUUUCCUAUGUUGGCAGGCUUCAGCUGUGAGCAAAACCAAAUGCAGAAGCUCAAGCUUAACUGAAGCCACCGGUCAUGGCUGUGGCUCUUCACCAGAGGCGACCCUACCAACCCUAGAAAGCUGGGGCUGGCCAUCAACCGUGCUGUGAAUCUUCUUGGAAUCGUGGUUCAAAUGUGUAUUCUUUUUGCUCUCUUUGGGCCACAAUGACUGGUGUGCUGGACUAGUACUGUGUGGGCGGCACUUGAAUGAGCCUGCGUGACUAGUUGAAGCACAAAUGCAUAUCUUCUUGUACCCAGCGGCUGCUUGUGUUAUGGAUCUUCUCAAUGUUCUUUUGCACUGCCUAGACCCUUUGCCUGACUGUACGACGUAUUGGGCCGGUAAUGAUUAAGAUCUCGUUUGGAUGUUGAUUUGAAAUAAAUUGAAUUUUAUAUAAAUAAUAGUGAAUUGAGAUAGUGAGGUGGGUUUUGUGGGACCCACUUAAGAUGAAUUUAAAUGUGUUUGAAUGUUAAGAUGAGUUUAAAUGUAUUUAUAGGAAAUUAAAAAAGGUUGUGGGUCCCACGUGUAAAUAUGUGUUGAGUUAAAAAAUAUUGUAGGUCUCACGUGUAAAGAUGCCUUGAAUUGAGUGAUGUUUAAUGAUUUGUGCAUUGUGUAUUUGGAUGUUAGGCUAAAUUUAAA